GCUCUCCCGUACGCUGCUUCAGUUCUGUUCCGGUUCCUGUUCCUCAUUGCCCUGGCAAUGGCUCGAUACGCUUUGACUCUGGCACUGCUCUUCGUGGCCCUUUGCUCCCGCUGCGAACUAGCCCGGAGCAUGGCCCUGCCGGACGAGGAGCGAUACGUGCGCAAGGAGUACAAUCGGGAUCUAAUGGACUGGUUCAACAGUGUCGGACAGCUGACGCCCAAUCAGGGUGUCCCUCUCUGCCGAUAUCCAUACAUUACGGACAACUCUCUGGCCAUUCCCACCAGAAAGAGAAACUCGGAGAUCAUCAACUCGCUCCUGAGUCUCCCCAAGAACAUGAACGAAGCGGGGUAGUACUAGUUGGAGGUUGGGCUUGCUUUUGAUGCAAUGAUUGGAUAAACGGAUAUUUAUACACACGCUGGCACCUACGGACAAAUCUGGAAUACAUAUGCUAAUCGAUCUAGAAUGUAAGAUGUUUGAGUAGUUUAUCUGUUUUUGCUUGUAAUAGGGGCAGCGUUUUUAAGGACCUUUCAUUCCUAUGUAUAAGCGAUGUAUUUUUAGGAACUUGUAGCUCACUUUGGUCGAUACGGAUCUAGGGAAUAACUAACUAACCAACUACAUAUAUUGUUCUAUAUUCGUAUAUACGAAUAUACUCGUUCUUAAAUGUGUAGAAAAUAUAUCAAAUAUAUAGCUACUAUCUUUAGGUGAGCAAGAAUCGACAU